AUGUCCUAUCGGGAGGAGUUACAGGCACGAUCACGCUGCCCCAUAGAAGAACUCUGCGAUGCUAUCUAUCCCGCUACAGCGCUAUCGGCAAUCACCGGGGACCUUGAUUUCUUUGCGGAACGGUCGAUUAUCACGAUCCGUAACGACGUGGUGACGGUGUUCAACGACCAGCUGAUUAGCCGCAUGCCCGGCGGUUCGAGGAUUUAUUAG